GUCUGUUCUCUGAUCGACGACAAAUCCCAUCUAUCUGGAAGACGACAUCCAUAUCCGUACUUCCCCUUGAACAAAGCCUCUUCACCACAGUCUUGACCAGAGUCUUAUCUGCCAAUGGUCAAUUUAACAAGCACCUGCAAAUCCACCCCCAAGAAAGAGCCAAGCAAAGCCCGACGAUGAUCCUAUGGGUUGGCCGUCCCAAAAAGAUCCGUGUGGGCACCGUCUGGAGAGUCCGUUUGCUUUGGAACAAUGACAUGAGGCUACAAAGAGCACGGACGCUGUUUUGAGGCAUAGUGCAUUCCGAUCACGCAUUGAAUCAAAUGUACGUGAGCCCCUGUCCCCGGACUGCCAUUCUGGAUACUUCAGCGCAAGCUGGGAGAUGUGGUGAUCUGCUCUGCUGCUAUCGCCGUCUCCUCGACAGCCAUACAGCAGUUCCCUGGGAACUACGUGUCUGUGGAUGUCGUCGUUGUUGCUACUCAGCGGCCCAGUCUCGCUCGUCGUCGCCCUUUGUUUCGGCAAUUAGCAUGUCACAUCUCGAACAAAGGAACGUUGUCAGGUCCGGUCCUGAUCACAAUGAGACCCGGAACUGCCAAAUAUAUCAUGAUCAAAGAAAUCUGCGGAUGCAUCACCUAUUCUAGGCGGACACUGCCCAUUGUCCUCAAUAUGUGGCCUGUUCUAGCCUGGCCUUUGGUGAUUAUGGACCUCUCUCAUAACCGUUUCUGCCCCUGCUACAACCAUCUUUUGCAACACCCAUCUCGUCGGGUUGUUGUAACAUCUCCAUUCCCAUACAGUCUAUACCAAUCCCUAGUUACCAAAUAGAACAGCCAUGGCUUCAUCAAACCCGACGUCUCCAAUCCUUCCUACCCUAUCGCCAUUGUCGCCGCACUCGUCUAGAGCUGUUGAGAAUCCUUUGGUUGAGCCGCUUCCCCAGCUUGUGACGACCUUCUCUGGUAUGACCCCUACCCAGCCUUCGAUGACCAGCCCCAAUCCCUGGUCCUGCAGCAAUGCCAAUGGCACAAUUUGUCGACGAAACAGCCUCGCGUCACCGGUCAUGUCCCCUGCACAAGCCGCCUUUGCGCCGAUGUCUCCCGCUUUAGCUCGAGCUCAGAUUCGCACUCCUGAAAGAGCAUAUUUCUAUAUCACCCACACACCGACGACAGCCAGCUUCACCCGCGAAGACGGCCGGCAAAGCCGUAUGGCCAUGCGCAGCCCGGCAUACGAGAGAAUCUUGACUCUGCCCCUGCGUGUCAACACAGUCCUUACCAGUGAGACCAUCCCUGAAGAAGAGCAGCCAGAAUGGGUGUCUACUCCGUCGUCCGACGCAGCGACGCUCAUGGACUGGGAACCAGCGAUCGCGACCACAUCUGCGUCGCCCACGACCAACGGCCGACGCCUCAUCCGGUCUCACACUCCUGCCCCUAUCAGAACCCAGAGUCGUUCUCCCAUCCGCAGACAGCCUCAGAACAACAGCCGCCUCCCACCGAAGCCACGCCUUCCCCCGCCGCCAAAGUACCACGUCAAGGUCAUCCCCACCCUCUCGCCAACCACCCAGCGGAACAGGCAGCAUUACCUGUCGAGCGUAGAGCACCUGCGCGCCCCUUUAGUCCCCCUGAUAUCCGUGACCACAGGGCUCCCGCACCCGGAAUUCCCCACCAGUCUACUCCAGUAUCACCUCCUUACACACGAGCAAUUGGAUUCCCUGGCGCGGUGGUACCACCAGGUGACCCCCCCAGUGGAAGAGACGUUCCAGUACCCGGCAUGGAUUCCUCCCUGGACGGGUCUGUCCCGCCUACGACAGCAGAUCUCCAGCACCGACGAGGAGGUGAGGGUUGAUCUGGAGACGAAAAGAAGGCGGUGGGGACGGUUCAUCGGGCUGCGAGGCUGCGAAAGCCCAACGGCCGAGUCGGGCGCUGUUGCGAACGGCGACGGCGGCGAAGAACGCAGAAUCGAGACGCCCGACGAGCUAGCACGGCGCAUGGAACGGGAGUGGAGGCGGGCGCUGGAGCGGGCGGAGGAAGAGGCCCGCGCGUACGAGAAGAGCUGGAGGGGCCGGUGGUGAAGGGGCAAUUGGGUAAUUGAUGCCAUACAACAAGGCCGAAUGGGAAUGGGGCUCAUUUUGAGAUGACGGAUGGUUUGUCUCCCUGGUUAGCUGCAAGAGAACUGAAGCCUCUGGUCUGUACCGUAGUCAGUCUGUCGCGUCGGCUCCUUUAAACAAAUUUAUGGCAAGACGAGCAUGAACGUUCGCUGCUGCUUUAAUGUACGAAUGCAAUCAUCAA